UCGUGAACAAACCGUGAGUGCAGCCCGUCUCUUCCUCCACUCUGAGGAGGAGGAGAAAGAAGGAACUUCGGGAUCGCCCCAGAUGGAAUGUGCGUCGUCGUGAACACAAAAACAUCGCUACGAUCAUUUCGCUUCUCGACACAAGAUGAAUAUUGAUGUCGAGACUCGGUGGACAGAGCGACUGCCACCAGAAGUCUGGCAAAUCGUUCUUCACUUUACAUCCUCGGAAACGAUUCGAGACUGCCUAGGCGUCUCCAGGCUGUUUCACGAUAUAGCAGCUCGCAAGAUCUUCUCGUCACUCCGUAUCCGGUUUGGGUCUUGGGAGGUCGCCUAUGAGCUCACGGACAAACCCCCAGAAGAUAACGAAUGCAGGACGUGUUGUGUGCUCCUUCGCAUCCUCACCGACCCCGUCUUCGCGUCGUACGUCAAACAUCUAGACAUCCUCGCCUUCGCGGACAAACUCGCGCCUUUUGAGAUGUGUAGCCUUACGAAGGCCAUCGGCGCCAUGUACAACUUGCGCACGUUCAGAUGGCACACCGUUAGCGGGACGUUCACGAUGCCAAGCAACGAGCUUCUGGGAACACUGGCCUCGACUUGCGGUCGUCUUCGCGGAUGCUCUCUUCCUUUCAGCAUCCAGUGUUUGGAUGCACUACGAAGCCUCAAGCGAUUGCCAGUCACGAACUUCUCAAUGGAACUGGUGCACCCGGAUACUCCAGGAGCGGAAUUUGAGUCGCUCGACGCUUAUCGCACGUCCCUUGCAUCGCUGUUCGAAGCAUACCAAGGAUCCCUCACUUGGCUCUCCGCGCCGAGCCAGGUGAUCUGGGGAUGCCCGGUAUAUAUUAUGCAGGGUUUGACGCAUUUAUCAAUCCACCAUGUCGAGCAUCUCAGCAACAUUACUCUCCUCUUCCGUCAUUGUAUCCGGCUCGAAUCUUUAGACAUUCAGUAUCCCGACGAACCACCGACGACUCUCUUUGCCGCUUUGGCAGCAAAUCCUGCUGCGCUCCCUCACCUAACGCACCUUAAGAUCCGCCUGCACCCUGGCAUAAAUCAGUCGGGACUGGACGCGUUGGCUGCAUUCAUUCGGUCGAAGAAGAACUUGCGGUGCUUAGACUUCAGCGACCGGGGCAGCACCAUCCCGGAGCUCGCUUCUAUGCUGUCGGCCAUCGAGUCGUCAUCGGGCCUGGAAGUUCUCGGUAUCGACGUUUAUUUCGAUACCCUCGGACUCAACGACUUGGCCAUUCUGCGACGUACGAUUCCCAAGACCGUCACGGCUUUACGUCUCCGGCUUCUGUACUCUCCGUUUGAUAUGGACGAACCGCCAGAAGAGAACAUCCCGUGGAUCGAAUUGUGGGCGGGCCUCCCAAGGCUCGCUUUCGCCCACGUCGAGGACAACGAAGCUGAUCCGACCGUGUGGUACGAUGACCUUGCUGAGGCUGUCAAGUCUCUGAAGCUUUUAGCCCGUCGCGCGAGCUUCCACGAGGUGGAACGUAUCGACGGAAAUUUCACACUCGGCGACUCCUGGUCUCAUACGAAGGUCCAGUUCCGAACGGUCGAGGACUUCGGAUGCGAAGACUGGGAGUGGUUGAUGCGGGGUCAUGUGCUGCUGGACGAUCUUGAUUACUGAGCGGGGGGGAUGUCAAGAAUACACGUGCGGCGUAAAGGGAGCCCACCGAACAUCGUUUCCGACGUGAGUCACUUUCUCACCGACCGGAGCCAACUGACGAACUGCGAUUCCCUAGUCGUCAACUGGAGGACCGUAUUACGUGGCUCUCCCCUGUACGGUCUGAUUCGUGCUGUUCUUCCCUACGGGAUCGUCUCUUCAAGGUGUUGGCGCGUAGUGCUGCAUGUAUAGAAUUCGUCCGAUAUACAAAUGCAUAGUCUACCAACAAGCCAAUGGGAUGCGAUUGCCAACUGGUGA